AUGAGUGAAACUGACCCAUUAGGGAAACUUAAAGAUUGGUUUUACAGAUUUGAAUACCAACAGAGGGGCUCCCCUCACAUCCAUAUGCUCAUAUGGCUUGAAAAUGCACCCGUAUUUGGUGUUGAUAAAGAUGAAGAUGUAGUGAAUUUCAUUGACCAAAUAAUACCUUGUAGAAAGCCUGAUAAUAACACUGAAUUAUUUGAUCUUGUAAACAAACAAACUUAUAGACAUUCUCACACAUGCCGAAAAAACUCCAAAAAAGUUUGUAGAUUUAAUUACCCUCAGCCUCCCAUGAGAUCAACACAGAUACUACAUCCACUUGAUGACAAUGCUCCUGAAACUGUUUUAAGAGCCAGAAAAGAGUUGUGGGAAAAUAUUAAGAAUAAACUAGAUGUUUUAAAAGAGGGAGAAGAUGUAACAUUUGAGCAACUUCUGAAAGAACUAGAUGUUUCAGAAUAUCAAUAUAUUCUUGCAAUUCGAUCAUCACUAAAUUGUCCAACAAUAUUAACCCCAAUGAGUUAA